AUGAAGCACGAGCCGCUGGUGGGGGGCUACGUGGACGAGGACGACGAGGACGACGGCGAGGGCGAGGGCCGGCGCGGCGGGCGGCGGGACGAGGACGGCGCCGACGAGGACGGCGAGCUGGACCACAAGGGCCCCUCGCCCUCGCCACCUCCCGCCGCCGCGCCGCCGGGCCCGCCGCCGCGGCGCUACGGCGGCCUGGAGGGCGGCGAGGGCGAGGAGCAGAGCACCAGCGAGGAGACGGGCUGCAGCAGCGGCGGGCCCUCGCCGGCGGCCGGCAGCCUGGAGCGCUACCUGGGCUACGAGCCCGAGGGCUUCGGGGGCGACAACCUGUACGUGUGCAUCCCGUGCGGCAAGGGCUUCCCGUCGUCGGAGCAGCUGAACGCGCACGUGGAGGCGCACAACGAGGAGGACGAGCUGUACCGCAAGGAGGCCGCCGAGCCGCUGGGCGGCCCGCCGCCGCCGCCGCCGCCGCCGCUGCUGCCGUCCGGGGGCGCGGGCGGCUGCGACCUGCUGCGCCCCUACCGCUGCGCCUCGUGCGACAAGGCCUACAAGGACCCGGCCACGCUGCGCCAGCACGAGAAGACGCACUGGCUGACGCGGCCCUACCCCUGCUCCAUCUGCGGCAAGAAGUUCACGCAGCGCGGCACCAUGACGCGCCACAUGCGCAGCCACCUGGGCCUGAAGCCCUUCGCGUGCGACGCCUGCGGGAUGCGCUUCACGCGCCAGUACCGCCUCACCGAGCACAUGCGCAUCCACUCGGGCGAGAAGCCGUACGAGUGCCAGGUGUGCGGCGGGAAGUUCGCGCAGCAGCGCAACCUGCUCAGCCACAUGAAGAUGCACGCCGCGGCCGCCGCGGCCGCCGCCGCCGCCGCCUCCGCCGGCCCCGACGGCGAGCUGCUGGCGCGCGGCUCGCGCUUCCUGGCCGACCCCAAGGCCGCCAUGGAGACGCUGUACCUGGGGCUCAGCCCGGACAAGGCGGCCGAGGUGCUGGCCCAGGGCGCCGCCGCUGCCGCGGCCGCGGCCGCCGCCGCCGCGCACCUGCACAACGACCACCACGCCCGCACCAUCGACCGCUUCUCGCCGCCCUGA